AAGCAUCACAUGCAACAGAUGGCAUUAAGCCUGUGUGUGAUAUAUGUGAAAGAAACUUUUCAAGUCGUAGUGCUUUAAACAAACACAAAAAAAUGCUUCAUAAACCUAAGCCCCACAUAUGCCCACAUUGCAACUCAGGAUUUGAAGAACGUAAAUAUAUGAUAAUACAUGCGAAAAGGGCCCAUGAUGUUGAUGUUCCUCAUGAAGAAAUGCAGUCUACCUCAUCAAUUACCUUUGAUGUCAGUAACUUUGAAGCGACUGCUGGUUCAAAUGAGUGUAAAGAUCUCUAAAAAAGGCAACUAUUCAAUACCUGUUGAAACCAACACUGUUCAUGAUGCAUCCAUGUCAAAUAGCUCUGUUGAAACCCAGAAAGACCAUACUCUGCCAAGUCAAACUAAUAAUGCUGCUUUGGCAAAAAAAGGAGAGUCAAACUCUCAUGCAGUAUGUGCUACAAUAGCAUGUGAAUUAUGCACUUCAACUUUCCCAUCCUUAGCUUACCUGGAGCAACAUAUGGCUGUACAUGUAGGAGAGAAGAAUUUCACGUGUCAUGUUUGUGGGAUGAGUUUCAAUGGACGCAUUGAUCUGAAUAGCCAUAUGAGGUUACACCACGCCCGAGAAUGACUGUACAAAUUUUGGUAACAAUAGCUAUAAUAGUGGAAAUUACAAUCAGUUUCCUACGAACCAAAUGCAUCCAGGGCAAGGUAGAGGUCCUCAGCUAUUUU